GCUUCCAUGUGCCCGUCCUAAGCUAUAUAUCUUGGUAACGAUUCCCCAAGAUUUUCGUCACCGUCGCGAGGACAAUCACUUCCCUUGAGGUUCAGCAAUGGGUCAUCUCACCUUCCUCCUGGCCGCGGUCGGCUCUCUACUCCCGUUUCCCUCUGCCGCAACACCACUGGACAAAAGAGCUGCUGUCGAUACAUGUCUCUCCAAGCUCAAGGUCCCUGUGCUCACUGCCGGUUCCGCAGACUACGUGCAAGCCCUCAAGCCUUUCAACAACCGGGUGACAUUCAAGCCCGCGGCCUAUGCAGUCCCAAAGACAGUCGAGGACGUGCAGAAUGCUGUUUCGUGCGGCUCACAAAACGAUGUUAAGGUUACAGCAAAGUCAGGAGGCCACAGCUAUGGAUCCCAUGGCCUUGGCGGAGAAGACGGCCACUUGAUUGUCGAUAUGAGGAACUUCAACAGUGUAACUGUCGACCAGGCCGCUCAAACCGCAGUCAUCGGCACAGCAGGACGACUUGGGAACGUUGCUACCGCACUUUACAACCAGGGGAAGCAAGCUAUCAGCCACGGAACGUGCCCCGGUGUCGGUGUUGGAGGCCUUAGCUUGCACGGUGGCUACGGCUUGAUAUCGCGUAGCAAAGGUCUGACUCUGGACAACAUCCUCGAGGCUCAGGUCGUCCUGGCGAACAGCAGCGUUGUCACUGCCUCUCCAACCCAGAACCCAGACCUCUUCUGGGCUCUCCGUGGUGCCGGAGCCGCCUUCGGUAUCGUGACCAACUUCAAGUUCAAAACCUUCAAUGCGCCCGAAAGCAACCUCGUCUUCCAAUACAGUUUAUCCCCCAGCUCGGCCAGUCAACUCAGCACCAUCAUCACCGCCCUGCAAGACUUCACGCGCAACAGCCAACCCCCCGAGCUCAACAUGCGCCUCUUCCUCUCGGCCUUCACCACCUUCUCCGGCGUCUACUACGGCACUCGCGCCAACUUUGACAAGGUGAUGCAACCCCUCCUCACGAAAAUGGGCAUCGGCUCCGGCGGCUUCGCCCAAAUCACUGAGAAGAACACCUGGCUCAACACCCUCACCUCCUUCUCCAACGGCCCCCUCGAACAACCCGCCGUAUACGACACCCACGAGACCUUCUACGCCAAGUCGCUCAUGCCCGAGUACCUUUCCCCGGCCGCCAUCGACGCCCUCUCCAAGUACUGGGAGAAGAACGCCCGCAACCUUAAUCGCGCCUGGUACCUCCUCAUCGACUCCCACGGCGGCGCGAACUCGGCCGUGUCGAGCGUCGCCGGUGACGCCACCUCGUACGCGCACCGGAACGCGACGUUCAAGAUGCAAUUCUAUGACCGCGUGUACAACGGGAACUACGACCCCUCGUGGCAGAGUUUCUUGAAUGGCUGGAUUGGGAAUAUCACGGCGGCGAGUCCCGGCGUGCAGUAUGGCAUGUAUAUCAACUAUGCGGAUACGGGGCUGAGCAAGGAGGAGGCGCACAAGGCGUAUUGGUUGAAGAAUUACGAUAGGUUGGUCCAGGUGAAGAAUGUGUAUGAUCCGAAGAAGCUGUUUACGGGGCCGCAGCUUGUGGGGAGCUAGAGGAGAGUCAGGGUGCGGAUGAAGAAGAUCUGCGAACGGGUUCGGUGAGAUAGAUUGAUAUAUAUUUAUAACAUGGAACAUUGUACGCUGUCUGUCUUCUGCGUUGAGGUUAGUUAUCAGGGCAUGGAACAGCCGUCAGCU